CGUUUCGAUGUUGUGUACUUUGGUAAUGUCAAUUUAAUUAUAUUAUUCAAUUCUAUCCUUCCUUUUAAGAAUAAUAGGCUAAGGACAUUGCAUGGUAGCAUUUAGACAAAUUAGAUUCAAAUCUUAUUCCAUAAGCCAUCAGGAAUAUAAAAAAAAGAAUUUUAUGCCAUAAGGCUUCCAAUUCAGCACUACUAUUCUAUUAAUAAUUUUCAUUUUCCCACUCUCUCCCAUUCUUGUUCUUGUUAUUCUCUUUUCUUUCCUUUUUUUUCUUUACUUCCCCUUCUACCACUUGUUGCUCCUUAAGAGUGAUGAUCAACCUUUCUUAGAGUCAUUUAUUCUACCUAAGAAAGUUUGAAAACAUUGGAACGAAUUUUUUGUUUCCUUGAACCUUUUUCUUGCUAUCCAAGUUCAACUAUUGGUUUUUUUUUUCCCCCCUUGUAAAUGAAUGAGAACAAGCUUGAUUUUCAUUCUGAAUAUGGCAACCGUUCUUCUUGUCAAUAUUUUGGUAUUAGACAACAACCUUGGAACAUGGGACCAUGCAAUAACCAACCCCUCGGCGCGACUUGCGUCAGCGUUGGAGUUGGCAGAGGAAGAGGAGGAGGAGGAGGAGAACAAGAAGUAGUACUACCAUACUCGGCUCAAGCCAAACCAUCUAGCACCAUCAUAAGCCGAUUCGAGUCGCCGGCUUCGGCCUUUUACGCGACGGAAAUCUUCAUGGGGUUCCCACAAUAUGAUUCCCAUCAAGUUGGUAAUCCAUCCAAUUUGAUGCCUCAUCAACUCUCCAUCAAGAACAUUAAUAAUGAUAUGGAGUUCCCUCUCUAUCAAUCUUCAAAGGAAAGCCUCUUCUUUGAUUCAUCAGUUAAUGACCAAAAUAGCCCCAACAACUUUGAGUUGCCAAACACCUUGCAAGCAAUAAAAUCUCAAUUGAAUGGUGAUCAAUGUAAUGGAUCACCUGAAAAAUCUAAUAAAAUUCCAUGUGGGAAUUUUCCUGCCAGCAAUUUCCUUCCUAUUGAACAACAUAAGUUGUUCAAUGAUGAUGCUGCCCCAGUCACUAGGAGCAUAUCAAUUCCUAAAGCAAAUCAAGAAUCUACGGUUGCUUGUGGCUCAUUCAAUUCCCCUGUUCAACAGCUGAGUUUCUCUUCUCCUCAAGAGAAGCUUUCUCCGACAAUUUCAGCCGGAAACCUUGUCGGUAAUGGACCGAUAGCAUCGAGUAAGACGCGUAUAAGAUGGACUCAGGAUCUUCAUGAGAAGUUUGUUGAAUGUGUCAAUAGACUAGGAGGCGCAGAGAAGGCGACGCCGAAAGCGAUAUUAAGGCUGAUGGAUUCAGAUGGAUUGACAAUCUUCCAUGUUAAGAGUCAUUUGCAGAAAUACAGAAUUGCAAAGUAUAUGCCAGAAUCAACUCAGGGUUCAUAUGCUUUGCCUAAAAAGUACUUCUUCCCUUUUUCAGGGAAAUCUGAGAAAAGAACCAGUGCAGAGAAUGUGCAUCUUGAUGUCAAAGCUGGCUUGCAGAUUAAAGAGGCACUUCAGCUGCAAUUGGAUGUGCAGAGGCGUCUUCAUGAACAGCUAGAGAUUCAGAGAAAAUUACAGUUGCAAAUUGAAGAACAAGGAAAGCAGCUGAAGAUGAUGUUUGACCGACAGCAGAAGUCAAAUAAUAGUGAAAGAAGUUCUAAAGAUAAUAAUAAUGAUGAUAAUGAGGUUACAAUUUUAGAAGGGACUGGAAUUUCCCACUUCCCUUCAAAGAUAAGUUAGCCCAAUUUCAAAUCCCUUAAUUCCAUAAUAAUAAUAAUAAUAAUAAUAAUAUCUAUACAUACAAAAUUAACUAUUACAUUGUGCCAACAAAUCUUGCUCCUCAAUCUCUUUGUAAGUGACAGUUAAAAAACAUACACCAGAUCAUGCAAUUUUGUUAUUAUGUGAAUUAUUAAAGCACUUUUGUUGAAUCCUUCGGCAAGUAGUAAAUUAGGACAUAAGAUUGGUCUGCUCCAUUAUUAAUUUAUUAUUGUACCCUACAAAACCAGUCAAGAAUCACCGUAUUACAGAAAAACAUUGUAAUUGUAUUCCCCACCCCCCAUCAAAAAGAAAAAAAAAAUAGAGACAGCUUUUAAUUUG